UCCCAUGCAAAGGGUUACGAUGUUUUCGGUUUUGUAGGGUUACAACUAUUUAUAAAACGAGCUAUUCCAUUCUGUGCCAUUUAAAAUGGUCGAACACGCAUUAACGGCGUUAAAUACCAGAUAAUUCAUUGCUGUGUUUUUCAGCAUCAAUUAAUAAAUUACCAAGAAAUUAGUAAUCCCGUGAUGGAACAAAUACUUUUGUGAGAUCGAUGGUUCCACCUUUAUGUUUAAAAUUUUUUCAUCAAUUUGACCAUGGCUCUCCUAGGAGCUCAAUUAGUUAUCACCCUUAUUAUGGUCAGUGUCAUUCAAAAAUUAACUCCGCAUUUUUCCUUGGCAAGAUGGAUCUUAUGUUCUACUGGUACAACUGAUCAGCAGCUUAAAGUUCUUGCUGGAGUGCCUAAAGAGAAACCCAAGAAAGGCAAGCAUACAGAAAAUGGAAAGGUUGCAGAUGUUUUUCAUGUUCCUAGAAAUUUGGAUAUUACGCUUGAGAGUGCUAAGAUAACUACACUAGAUGUAGUGCAUUUAAAAUACUAUACAGAGUAUCAAUGGCUAUUGGAUUUUUCUAUCUAUGCUGCUGCAGUUUAUAUCAUGACAGAGGUAUAUAAUUAUUUUUAUCCAAUCAAAGAUGAGAUUAACCUAAGUAUGCUCUGGUGCUCACUAGUCCUGGGUUUUUCAUUCAAAGUGUUACUUUCUCUUUGGGUGCAAUAUUUUAAAGGAGAGGAGAGCAUAGGUGAAAGAUCUACAUGCAUUGUAACUGGCUUUGCUUACCUCCUCAUAGCUAUGAUGAUUCUUAUUGUUGAUGAGAACAAUCUUGAAAUUGGAUUGGACAAAGCUUAUGCAAGUUUCAACCACAGUGCAUCUUUGUUUUUAAAUAAUCAAGGUCUUUCUUCUACAGGACCUGCAUCAAAAAUUGUUGUGAAGUUCUUCCUUGCUUUGUGGUGUGGUUUACUUGGUUCUCUAUUCACUUUCCCAGGGUUGAGAUUAUCAAAAAUGCAUUGGGAUGCAUUGAGAUAUUAUAAGGAUCAAAAGUUAUUAUUACUAAUAGCAAAUCUUAGUUAUGCCUCUCCACUUUUAUUAGUAAGUUUAUGGAUUAAACCCAUAAGCAGAGAUUACCUCACAGUUCGAAUAUUUAGUGGUAUGAAUGGACCUUUGAUGACAACUUCAGCCUUUGAGAGCAUGAGAUUAAUUGCAAUUAUUGCUGCAGUUUUGUUAAAACUUGUAUUAAUGCCAAUGUACUUGCAAUCAUACCUUAAUUUAGCUGUACAACGGUUAGAGAAUCAAAAGAAAGAAGCUGGUAGGAUUACAAAUUUGGAUUUACAAAAAAAGAUUGCCGCGGUGUUCUAUUAUUUAUGUGUCGUGGCUUUGCAAUUUAUUGUUCCGAUAAUUAUAUGUUUAUUUUUUACAUUCAUGUACAAAACACUAGGUGGUUAUACCUGGGAAAGUCUUUUAAAAGGGCCAUCACUUGAAGAGUGUCCAGCAGAUGAACCACCAAAGUCUGCAUCGAGUUUGAUGAAUGACAACGAUAACGAGAAAAGUGUUGUACAAACAGCGCAAGAUUUUCAACUUGCUCUGAGUUCCUUAAAACAGAUAUUCACCACAGACGUAUACAGAGGAUUAUUAGGCUUAGCUACAUGGUGGAGUUGUUUUGCAUUGUUUGCAAGUACCUCCAUGGGUAUGUUUUAUCAAUCAUACUUCACUGGUAUGUAAAAUGUAGAAGGGAACAUUUGACGUCAUUUCGCACAAAUUAACGUCGUUUUUCACAAUUGGUUUGUCGAUGUUGAAACCAUUGGAUCAUGUAACGAAUGUAUCUUGAAAGGAACUUAUUUUGAAAAUGCUACCUACAUUAAGGUAUGCACAAU